AAAUACUGAAUUUCCUUCCUCCCACACCUAAGAAAAGUGCUUAAUUAAAACAAAAACAACAGUGUCUAUUAACAACAUGCCACUUCAUUCGUCAGCUUAAUUAGUAAGUUGCUUAACAGCUACCGGAUUAAAUCAAGUACAUUCUUUGGUAGGGAAAUAUAUGUUCCUUCCCCAGCAUUGCUUCCUAAUUUUAGAGGUUUCGUGUUGCAGAAAACAUUUGAACAAUCAUGCGUGGAUAUUUGGUGGGUAUAAAUAUUUGACAGGUCUCCUGGGGUGGAGUUUCAGACCCUGCUUUUGAACAUUCCCCUAAAGCCAGCUGCCGAGAAACCCUCUUGCGCUGGUGCCAGGAUUGUCCCACUGGAGUUUGAACAGCUGUCAUGCGGAGUUUAUAUUUCAGCUCCUGUAGACUCCUCUGAAGACGGGCGAUAUGGAUCAUCGCACGACCACCUUGGAGGCAGAUAAGAUCCACCAGAAUCGCCUGUCGAAUGUUACGGAUGACGACGAAGAGCAAGAUGCAGCCUUUACCAUUGUUAGGGUCUUGGACAAGGUGGCCACCAUUGUGGACAGUGUUCAGGCAAGCCAGAAACGCAUCGAAGAAAGGCACCGGGAAAUGGAGGAUGCCAUCAAGACGAUUCAGAUUGACCUCCUGAAGCUUGCCCAGGCGCAUGGCAGCACUGCCUACACUGUCAACAAGCUGCUGGAGAAAACCCGCAAAGUGAAUGCUCGCGUCAAGGAAGUGAGAGCACGGGUGGAAAAGCAGAGUGCCAACGUGCGGAAGGUCGAGGCCAAACAAGAGGAAAUGUUGAGGAAGAACAAGUUUCGUGUUGUCAUUUACCAGGAGAACAUUAAGUGUCCAUCCUCUGUAUCGGUCAUCAAUGACCAGACACAAGGAGAAGAUUUAGAAGAUGCCUUCUGUCCACCUGAUGAUCUUUCUUCUGAUGAAGAGUAUUACAUGGAAGAAAGCAAAGCAUCCCGGUUCAAGAAAUCGGGCAUACGGCGCAUCAACAAUAUCAAAAAGGCCUUUUCAAGAGAGAACCUGCAGAAAACUAGGCAAAAUUUUGGCAAUAAGGUCGACAGGCUUCGCACUAGAAUCGUAACACCAGAGAGGAGAGAGCGAAUAAGGCAGUCAGGAGAGAGGUUGAGGCAAACUGGGAUACGGUUCAAGAAAAACAUAUCGAAUGCAGCCCCAACCAAGGAGACAUUUAAGAAGCACAAGAAAACCAAGGAGCAAGCAGCAACUGAAAGUCCAGAAGAGAUCCAAGAGUCUGCUGUUGAUACAGCUGAUACGGCAGUGGAAAGUGGAGAUACUGAACCAGUUAGUGAAGAAAUUUCCUACACAGAGGUGAUCACUAAAGUGAAGAAAAACAAAAGCAACGGAUCAAAAGGUCCUCAAGUAGAAAACAAGAUUGUGUUGACCCCUGAUAAAAUUGUGCUCAAGCCAGAAGUCAAAGUGAUGACACCUGAAACAGUCAUGCUCAAACCAGAAGUAAAAGUUACUCCUGGAAAGAUCACACUGAAACCACAGGCAAAAGAGGAGGAGGACGUUCUUCUACUGGAUUUAAAGCAAUCAAUUUGAGUGACUAAAAUUUGUCCACUGUUCUGGUAUCACCAUGACAAGGAAGGGAGGAACUCUGUUUACAACAGUGGUUUUGAAACUUCCCUCGUGGAUCCCUGUCACUUUUUCUGUCUUCUGAGCAAACCUUAAACCUCGUCCACACAUUGUAAAGGAUUCUGGGGCAUCAAGAGUAUGUUUUCUGUUCAUGUGGGAGGUCUGAGUGGUCUGUUGGACUAGAUAUCAAAUAAGGACAUACUCUAUGAAAAUCUCCCCAUUGCAACCUGGUAUUCUUCAGAUUGUGUUUGGAACCCUACUGGAUAGUCUCAACUAAAGUAUGUUCUUUCAAUUAA